CUUGAAGGAGGGAAUUGCUGAGCCUGUCGAUUGACUGGCGCAGCGUCGCAUUGUCAGAUUGCAAGCAUUCGACGUAGCAGUGGUGCCCAAACGACUUGGGGUGGAGCUGUUGGGAAAACAGGCGUCCUCUGCUCCAAGAGGUAUUGUUGGACAGCAGCCCGUACUGCAGCAUGCAUAUCAGGCAUUUAUACGGUGCUGACACCACUGAGACGGUGUACGCAUGCUUGGAGCAAGUCCGAAGGCACUACGCUCCGGAGGCUGCCACUCUUCGUGCCAAGCUUGACUCGAAAGUUUACCAAUUACAAUGCGCAAGCUGGUCGGUGGCCGACAUCAAGACGUUGGACGUCUCUAUGCAAGAGAUCUUCGAUGAGGCACGACAAUGCGGUCGUGAUAUGGCCAAAGACACAGAAGGGAUGCAGCAAUAUUUCUUCCAGGCACUCCCAAAGACGGAGAUGAGUGUCUCUUUCUACCAUUCUGCCAGGGCCAAGGCCUUCCCUGACAUGUGGUCGUUCUUCAGGUAUGUUGAGUCGAACGCGGUGGCAACGGCGCUCAUCAUCGGGUCCAGGCCUGUGCACGCCAACGUGGUUCAACGCACAUACCAGACACCUGUCGAGGUUGAAGGCAAAGGGUGGAGGCACAUGAAUGGGUUGUUCUGCGAGGACAAUGGCCACUCCGUGCAAGAGUGCCACCAUAACGCCAAGGGCACCAAUUUUAGGAAGUCAGGUAGCAAAUUUCUCUCUCGUUGCCCUGCCGCAGUGCCCCCUUGUCGAGUACUGACUGCUACCAUGACAUGAAACCACAUGACCAUCUCUUGAUGCAGUCUAAAGUAGAUGAACAGCGCCAGCGCCGAGGACUACUACCCAAAAUCCUUGGUAAGAGAACAAACUGUCGCCUGCACUCGCUCUUGCUGUACUGGAUGCCGAUGCUAUUGUUCUUGUCGUUGCGGUUGCCAUUAUCGUAGAGCUAGUUGUACCUGAUGCUGG